AGCUUAUUGGUCGGAGCGGCCGUUAAUCACUCCGGUCAGCGGCCAUGUUGUUCCUCUGAAGAGGAGCCGUUAGUGACGGUUCGUGAAGCCUUGGGCAUCGGACUCCGCACCGACCUCGGUCAUGGAGGACGAAGAGAGAAGGAAGAAAGUGGAGGUUGGACGAGAAAAGCUUGCUGACUUCCGACAACGAAAAGCAAAAGGUGACGGCACGGAUACGGCGCAAAAGAAGAAGAGGAAGAAGAAGAGCGCGGCUGUCUACCCGGAUGACCUUCCACCGCAAGAGCACUCACUAGUGGUCCUGGGGCCCUCCGGAGUGGAGCAGAGCAGUGAGGUGAAGGACGAUCAUCUGAAAUGUGCCCGAGUGGAGCUGGCAGUGCAGCAGCUCCGGAUCACUGAGCUGGAAGAGCAAUUGAAUGGCAAAGAAUUGGUGAUGGAGCAGCUGACGGGGGAGGUGGAGUACCUGCAGGAGCAGCUAACUGCUUGCCAGAGCACUGAGCAAUUACAGGAGUUGGAGAUGGCUGUACAGAAGAGGAAUGACAUAAUUGGCCAACUGACUGAGAACCUGCAGCUGGCUAUUCAGAACCGAGACCAGGUGCAGCAGGAAACGGUGGAGCUCACUGACCAGAUUCAGUCUCUGCAGCACCAGUUACACCAGGCCAGUGAGAUCCUGAGGAGCAGAAGCCCUGGGAUCCUGGAGCUGCUUCAGGCCCAAGAACAAAUCUCUGUUUUCCAGCAGAGCCUGAAGGAGCAGAGCAAACACUUGGAGAGUGUGGAACAGCGAGCACAUCAGCUGCAAUUACAGCUGGAGGAUUCUGAGCAAAAUGUGAAAGACAAAGAGAAUCUCCUUGUUCAGAUUGUCGACCAGCAGAAAAAUACAGAGAACACAAUACAACAGCUAAACCAGUGGAUAGAGGAGAAGGAGGAAGCCAUGAAGGAACUGAGGGAAAUGCUGGACCUUAAAGAUGCUGCCUUAAUGCAGCUUUCACUUGGAGACCAGAAUUUGAGGGAGCAAAUUGAACAUUGUGAGCCAUCCCUGGAGGAGGGUGUGGUGAUCCCACACAAAGCUGCUGCUUAUAGUCCAGACCAAGGGGAGCAGCUCAGGGCUCAGCUGGAAGCUGUGCACAGCCAGGAGAUUGUGCGAAUAAAACAAGAGAUGCGUAAGCACAUCAUGCAGGAGAUGGAUGAUCUAAAUGCCAUGCAUAAAGCCGAUCUAGAGCACUUGCAAAAUCAGCUGGAUAAACAGAUGAUGAAUGAGCAGGCCCAGCCUUUAAAUGCGAACAUCGCAGAGCUGAACAAGGAGCAGGAGCAGCUCCCCCACCACAGUGUAAUGGAGGCUCAGGAAGAGAAAGCUGGAAUGGAGGAGAAGUGCAGGAGUUCAGUCCGGAAUCUGGAGGAAGAGUUAAAGGUGUAUAAAUGCGAGCACGAGUGCUUGACGAGGGAUAUUCAUGAGCUGAAUGCCCGCCUGGCUGAGGAAGUGAAGCUCAGUGAGGAGCUGAGGCACAAUCACCAGCAUGAAAUAACCAACUAUCAGAUCAAGCUGCAGAUGAUGGAGCGUGAAAAAGACCAGGUCCUGAGCCGCCUGGCCGAAUCUCAGGAAGCUGAGCUGGAGAAGCUUCGAAAUGAGCUGCUGUUCAGCCAUGAAGCAGAGAUGUGCCAUCUCCGGGAGGAGCUGAGGGAGCAGCAGUGCAUGAAAGCAGUGCCUCUCAGCAGUGAGCUGGCUGGUGUGAAGACCGUGUACGAUGAUGAUUCACAGAAUGCCAUGGGUAAGAGACCAGAUGAGGUGAACCUGGUUGAGCGGUGUCGAGAGCUGGCAAUGUCCUUGCAUCAAAAAGAGAGUGAGUUAGAGACCGCGAGGAGCCAACCAGCGGAGGCUCUGAAGAAAUGUCAGGCUGUCACUGAUGAGCUAUCGACUGUGUGUUCAGAGUUAGACAAUGAAAGCAGGAAGCACCAUGAGGAACAGACCAGACUCCAAGCUGGGCAGGAGCUGACCGUGAAGGGCCAGACUGAGCAAUGUGAACAAGCCAGUCUGGAAGGUCCCGCGAACAGUGAACUGGUGACUUUGAAGGAGCUGGUGACUUUGAAGGAGAUGGUGAAGGAUCUGAAGCAGGAAAAGGCACGGUUGCUCACCCAGCUUCGCGAGCAGGAGCAGCUGGUCCAGGAGGUACAGGAGCAGAAGCUGGCGGCCGAUUCGGUGACCAGUGAGGUUCAAGCCUUAUUUGGCCGGCAGCUGGCGACCCUCCAGAACCAGCGUGAUCAGCUGCAGACUCAGCUCGACACUCAGAUUUCAAGGAAUCAAACCACAUCUGAACUGCUGGGACAUAAAACCAUGCAGGAAGAAUCCCUGUCCGCAGAGCUGGCUGCCCUUCACUCUGUGCUGAGAGAGAGCCAAGAGCAGGAGAAACAACUCCAGAGAGAGAGAGUGCAGCUGGAGGGUAACUUGUCGGGGGCAGGACAGGACCUGUUCAGGAUAGAAGAAACCCUUCGUCAGGUCAGAGCUGAGAAUAACUUCCUGAAGAAAAACAGCGAGGAGUUGAGGCGUCUCCUUCUCGGUGAGGAGGCUGAGAGGCUGCUACUGAGAGAUGAAUUGAAAAGAAAGAUUCUUGAAUUGCAACAACUGGAGGUAGUGCUGAAGGACCAAGAGUGUGAGUACCUUCAGAGAAUGGCAACUCUGGAGUUGCAGCUGAGCAGCCACAGGACAGCGCAGCGGGAGUUGGAGCAGAGACGUGCUGCAGAGAUGCUGCAACAGGAGGAAAGGCUGUGCCGGGCUGUGCAGGAGGCCCAGGAGCAGGUUACCAUCCAGUACCAGGAAGCCAUGAAGAAAAGCAAGGAGCUGCAUGCCUCUGAUACGCAAAACUUGAGAGCAAAGCAUCAGAAAGAGUUGGAUGAAUUAAAAGACGAGACUCACAGGGCGGUGCGGGAUGCGCAGCAGAGACAGGAGGGUGAGAGCAGAAAGCAGAUUGGCUACAUUAAGCAGGUGCACGAGCGGGAGAGGGAGCGGGAACUGAGCCGGCUGAUGACUGAGCAUGAGCAAGAGGUGCAGGAGCUGCGAGCCAAGCUGACUCGGGAGCAGCAGCAGCUGUUUGAUGGUCUACGGGCUCACUGGGACUCAGCGAGGGAGACCGAGCUGCAACAAGCUCAGCUUCACACCGAGACCGAGCACAAGCUGGAGCUGGAGUCACUGCGGCUGAGUCUGAACAACAUGCAUAGGGCCCAGCUGGAGCUGGUGCAGUGCAACCUGCAGCGCGAGAAGGAGGAGGCGCUGGCUGAGCUGCAAAAGGUGCUGAAUGAGAAACGCUGCCAGGAGCUGGCCGUGCUGCAGAGCCAACAGCAUCUGGAGUCCGAGCGCCUGAGGGAGCAGACACGUCAGCACAUAGAAGAAUGCCAGGAACAACACCGACAGGAACGAGAGAACUUGCAGAAGGUCAUGGAGGAAGAAGCAGCUGCUCUGAAGGCCAAGGUGGAUGUGGUGGAAGCAGAGAGGAUGCAGAGCGCGCGGGAGGCAUGGGAGGAGGAGUCCCAGAAGCAGAGGGAAGUGUUUGAGCAGUUUGGACGAACCCAACACCAGGUGGAACUGGAGAAGUGGCGGCAGACGGUGGAGAGGCUGCAGAGUGAAGUGGAGGCUGCAUAUGCCAAAGAGCGACAGCAGCAGGAGAAGGAUGAAGUGACUCGGCAGAACCUGGAGCGACUGCACCAGUGCAGUUUGACCCAACUUAAAGAGGAAUGUGCCCAACAGCGACACGAUCUGCAGACAGAGCUUGAAGACCAGGAGAAGGAGUACCGUGCCCAGAUCGAGAUAUUGCAGAGCAAUUAUGAUGACAUGAAGUCACAAUCCAAACAGGAGCUCGAACACCUGUGGUCCCAGAUGGAAUGUAUGAGGACUAGUCGCCAGGAGCUGAAUGAGUUCAGGGAACACUUGCUCGCUCGCACGGCACACAUGGAUGAGGUGGAGCAUCUGAAGCAGGACUUUGCUGAGCAGCGAGAGCACCUGCAGGCUGAGCAGCAUGCUCAGCUGCAGCAGCUGAAGACUUUCUUUGAGAAACAAAUCUCAGAGAUGAAGGAGGAACAUAGUCGGGAAAUUACGGAAGUGGAAAAGCAGAUCCAAGAGGAGCUGAAGCCACCGUUCACACUGAAGCCCGAUGUCAGUCUCAACCAGACCCCAGAGCUUAGUUUGUCUUUGCUGUCGUUUACUGAUCAUGCUGAGAAGAACUAUUUCCAGCACAGAAUCCAGCUGCUGGAGGACUUAGCACACAAGCUAGAACAGCAAAAGGAGGAGAUAAGGGGGCUGCAAGAGGAGCUGGAGGGGACACGCAAACAGCAGGCCGCCUCCUCGCAUUUGCACAAGCAGCAGUUGCAGCAGCUGAAGGAAAGCUUCCUAAGAGAGUGGCAGGACUUGCAGGUCAAGCACUGCUUGGAGUUACAGGACUUACACACCAACCACUCAGAAGACCACCUGAAAGAGGUGACCAGACUACGGCUACAGUGUGCGCAGGAAAGCGCCCGGCAGGUUGAGGCAGAGGUGGCUGAGCGGCUCCGAGCCAUGGAGGAGGAGAGGACUGUGAGCAAGGCUGAAAGGCACAGAGCAGCUGAUCUACAGGAGGAGCUGGUGCGGUUAAAGGAAGAGCAUGCUACAGCUGUCAACCAGCUCACUGCACAGCACUGCCACACAACCCAAUUGCAGGUGGAGCAGAUUAAAACCCAGUUGCUGGAGGAGCAGAAGGAGAAAGUGGAAGAGGUCAGGCGACAAAUGGAUGAAGCUAAAGGGCUGGUGUGUAAGUCUAAGUUGCAGCGUGUACGCGAGGAGCUGCAAGCCAGCACCCAGGAGAAACUCUCAGCACUCCGCCAAGAGCUAAGCAAUCAGUUUGACAGAGAGAGACGGGCUCUGCUGGAGCAGGCUGAACACAGUGCAGCGGAGCAGAAAUUGCUGAAGGAUGAGCAGACGGCCACAAUUGCAGAUCUGGAGAAGCAGCUGAAAGAGGAGCAGAACCAGCUGCAAUUGCUGCGUGACAGUCAGGAGGACGAACAGUCUCCUCAGCUUGCUCCCGUUCUCCAGGAGCAGUCGGCUGGCAAACUGCUGGAAGCACAGAGCAGGUUCAUGGAAGAGCACCGGCAGAUGAUGGAGACCUUUUUGUCUGACCAAGAGAUCCUCCUCCUGGAGCUGAAGCAGAAACAUGAGGCGGAGCUGGAAUCUCACAGCCAGCAUCUGAAUGCAAGUCACCAGGAUCGCCUGGCUGGUGUGGAGGUAAAGCUCAAAAUGCAGCACCAAGCUGAGCUGGAGACGAAGCUAAAAGCUGCCGCCCUGGAGCACAAGGCAGAGUUGGAGGAAGGUGAGCUGCGUCACCAGGCUGCUCUCCAAGCAUUGCAGCAGGAGCACCAGCAGCUGCUGCUGGAGGCCGAGAGCAGACAGCAGCGAGACCGAGAGGUGGCCAUCAGUCACAGCACAAUGAAACAAGCCCACCAGCUGCGAGCUGCACAUCAAUUUGAGCUGAGCUGCGCCCAGGACAGCAUCCGCACUGAGAUGGCCACUCUUCAAAGAAGACAAUUCCAAGCCAUGGCUGCAGAAUUGGAGGAUGCACACAAGGUAGCUAUAGAGCAGGCACUGGGAGAGCAACGCACUGUGCUGGAGCAGCAGUCUGGCCUGCAUGUGAUUCGCAAUGAGCUUCUGGGCCUUGAAGAGCAUCACCAGCAGACCCUGGGGGACCUGCAGCACUUGCACACAGCGCAGGCGGACAGACAGAAAGAGGAGAACGCACAGCGGCUCACUGAGGAGCUGCAGCGGCUCCAAGCCAACAACAUAAUGGAACAGGAGGACUUUAGGGUUGAGAAGAGCAGAUUGUUGUGGGAGUUGGAGGAGGCCUACGCCCAAAAGUUAGAGGAAGAGAAGCAGCUGCACCAGGAGGAGAAGAGGCAGAUGGCAGCACAGCUCCAGCAGCAGGUCGAGCAUGUCACACAGCUUCAGGCGGAAGUGCAGGACAAGAGGUCUGAGCUGGACACACUGCUGCAGCGGCGCAACCGUGAGAACGAAGAAGGAUCGAACCUGGAAGCCAUGCUCCGUGCAGACAUUCAGCAUCUGACUCGUGAGCGGAAAGACUUGCAAUGUUCGCACGAGCGAGCGCUGAAGCUCCUAUCUGAUGUGGUGAGGACAACGUUUGCCUCAGAAGAUCUGAUCAGCAGACGGAUCGGAAUCUGCCUGGACAACAACCGGGCCCGAUGUCUGCAGGACAACCAGAGCCCAGCCACCAGACACUUGACCAACAAGUCUAAAACUUUGCUCAAUCAAGACGCAGGCGAGUCACUGGACACAAGCCAGGUCAGUGAGAGUGUGACAGAGGAGAACAGUGCAUGGUCAGCAAUGCCAGAUGAGGGCCAGGAGCUGUCGCAGUGGUUGUCUGAGAGCAUGUUUGCUGGGCCUGAGGUGGGGCUUGAAAACCAGGAGUUGGUGCGGAGCACAUGUGCCCGGCUGCAGGUUGCAGUGGAAAAGUUGUUGGAGUUGGUCACUGAGUCGACCAGACAACUGGCUCAGACCCAUGGCAUCCAGGAGCACUUGGAGGAGGAGUUGACAUGCAGAGGCCAGGAGGCUGUGCAGUUCGUGGGCAAACAGCACCAGCAGCUGCUGGACCAUCUGAGCCAGGAGGCUGAAGGCAAGAAGCAACUCACACUGGAGCUGCACAAAGCCGAGGGGUUGAUCGAGGGCUAUGUGGUUGACAAGGCAGAGUUGGAAGAAGCCUUAUUUCAAAAGGAGAAAUCCGAACACAGUUUGGUCCUUGAUGUGGAGAGCUUCAGCCAGCAGCUACUCACUCUGAGACAGGAGCAGCACGCCUUGCGGAAAGAGCGCGACUUCCUCACACACCAACUCCAGGCCAUGGCUGCCAACCAGGUGCAGCAAGGGUUGCUGGAGGAGACUGAGCGGCUGUCCAGGGAGAAGCUGGAAAUCCAGUGUCAAGCGGAGAAGGAUUGUGCUGAGCUCCUGUCCCGCGUUACCAGGCUGGAAGCGGAGCUGGAGGAGGAGACAAUCCGUGGCCCUCCACUGGAGGCCCAGUGGCAUUCCGAGGUCACUGACCUGCAGCAGCACAUCCAGGCUCUGGAGAAGCAGCUCAAGAACUACCGGCAGUUUAUGGACGAACAAGCAGCAGAGAGGGAGCAUGAACGGGACGAGUUUCAGACCGAGAUUACAAAAUUGGAGACCCGGCUAAAAGUAGCAGUAAAAUCACAGGGAGCCAGUGAUUGUGCCGAUUCCAAGGAGUAUUUGAGCCUCCAGCUGGAGGCCCAGAUCCAGGCCAGGAUGGAAGAUUAUAAUAACUUGCUGCUGGCAAAGGAACACCUGGAACAAGAGGUGGCAGAGCAGCAGGAGGAGCUGGGCAAACUGAAUACGCGAAUCAAGGAGCUUGAACAGGCUCUGCUGCCCCAUAGUACUGCAGAGACUCGGGCCAGCCAGCUCGAGCAGGAGGUGCAGAGGAUGAAACGGCUGGAGGAGGAGUUCACCCAGGACAAAGAAUCGCUCCAGCAGCAGCAUUACAAUAACCUGAUGCAGAUCUCUGCUCUGCAGUCCAAGCUGGACCAGGCAAGGCACAGAGUCCCCACUGAAGGCUUGUCAGAGCAGACACUGAAGGAGCAGCUGCAGGAGGAACGGCAGGCACUGUGCAACAAGGAGGCUGAGAUCCACAGCUUGGAAGAGCAGCUUGAUCAAUUCCGGGAGAACCUAAUGAAUAAGACGGAUGAAGUCAUGCAACUGAGCAUGCAGCUGGAGGUCCAGACUCGGCAUUCAUCCGCGGCCCUCACUCAGCUCAACCAGGACAACCUGCGACUCGAGGAGGAUGUAGCUGGCUUGCGUCUGCGUUUGGGUCUGAAUGCAGAAAGUGGUCAAGGACCGGCACUACAGCUUCCCCAGGUUCUGCUCCAGGAGAAGAACCAGGAAAUUGAUGAGUUAAACCAACAGAUCUUCAAACUGCAGCAUGAAUUUCCAGUCACCUUAGAUAACAAGGUUUUUGAAGAGAAAAAAAGUGAAAUUGAGGAGCUGAAAGGCAAAAUUGAGUGGCUGACUGUGGAGCAAGAGAGGCUGCGGGCAGACCGAGAGGAAGAGACAGAGCAGCUCCACGAGGUGAUCGAGAAGCUCCAACAAGAGCUGCUGCUCUUGAACCCAAACCGGCACGAAAUGAGUGACAUGCAGGAGGAGUCUGGCCUCCUGGAGGAGUCCAGGCUGGGUUUACCACGCUGGACAGGACACAGUGAGAACCUACAGCAAGAGCUGGCAUUCCUGGCAGUGCGGCCUGCAGAGUGCAAGGAGUGUGCUCCUGGCUGUCGGCAUCAGGAGGAGGCAGUGUUGAGUCAGCCCGCUGCAUCCCUUCCGCCCUGGGCUAAGAAGGAGGCUGAGUUCCAAGAGAGGGAGGCCGCUCUUCAGGCCAGUCUCCAACAUCUGCAGGGUGUCAAUGGGCAGCAGCGGGAGGAACUAGCCUCCCUGCACCUGCAACAGGAUACCCUGUGGGAGGACAAUUGUUUGCUGCAACGUCACAUCUCGCAGCAUGGGGCUGAGGUGCAGCAGCUCUCCACCCGCGUGCAGGAACUACAGGAGCAGCUGAGAUAUGAACAGGUGCGGCUACAGCAAGUGGAGGCUUUGCCUGCAAGGUUGGUGGAACUCGAACAAGAAGUGUCGGAAAAGACGGCCGGUGUGCAGCAAGCCAGCGCUGAAAUGCAGACACUGCACUCGCAGCUCAAACAGCGGGACUCACAGCUGGAAGCCGCCAUCCAGAAGUAUUUAACCUGCCAGGAAGAGCUGGCGAAGCUGCAAGAAGAGCUGGCGGAGCAGGAGGCACAAAGCGAGGAGCUGAAAGAACAUGUGAAGCAACUGCAGAAGGAGCGGGGAGUUACCAACAAUGGCCUGCCAACCGCACACUCGCAAAUCGGAGCAGGAGAUGGAUUGACUGAUGGGCAGCACCAGGAGCAACAGAUGAGCCAGUUCCUGGCCACCCAUGAGGAGCUGGUUCUGGCCAAAGAGCAACUGAACUCCAACACCGAGAGCAUCCAGAUACUAUUGGAACAGAUGCAGGAGAAGGAUCGCACCAUCGCUGACCUGGAGGUGCACGAGUGUAACCUGCGGACCCAGGUCAGUCAGCUACGGGCAGCAUUACUGAGGCAGGAGGAGGAGCUAGCUGACCAGGCCAGUCAGAUGGAAGUGAUGAGGAAGCAAGAUAGGCCGGAGCAGGGACUUCAGCGGUUCUCUGCUGUGGAGACUGAGGAAAUGAAUUUCCAAGCGCCAUCUCUGGCUAUGGGUCAGGAGAAGCAGCCUGAUUUUGUGUAUAACCAUAUUGGGGCUGAGAGCUCUCUGAGCUCUCCAGAGUUGAUGAGGAAGUAUGAGGAGAGCAUGGAGUGGAUGAAAGAGCUGCAUUCUACCCGUAUCUCGGAGCUGAGUGGCGGACACAGCAUAAGCCUGAGCAGGGCCUCGCUACAGGACAAAGCAAUUGGGAAGAGCCAUCAGCGACCACAGCCGCUGUCACCACCACAGCACACUGAGGCCCUGGGCCAGUCUGCACACUCUCUGACAGAGUCUGAGACAGACAAGCCACAGAAUGAGCUGAGAGUGGAGAGGUCAUCAACGUUAUCCAUCCCGGAAUGGAUCAGCGAUGGCUGCAGCAGCAAUGCCAGUUGGGAUCUGGGAGUGAGACUGAAUCAGGAGCUAGAGAGGACAGAACGGCUAGACAGCAGCUUUGUGGAAUAUCUACAGCAGCAUGGAAUUGAAGUGCUGACAGAGGGAGACUCUACCCUGACCAAUGAUGCCAAUGAGGGGGGAGCGCUUUCUCCACAUCUCCAGGUGCUGCUCAGGAAGGUACAUGAGGAAGGGUGCCGGGUGCUGGCUCUGACUGCAUGGCCUGGCUCUCAGGCUGCCUGUGGCUCUCGCAUACGGCUGGAGGAAUGGCAGCGAGAAAAGGCAUCGUUGCUCCAGACCAUUCAGCUCCUGAGGAGCCUCCUGCCUCACGCAGCCUGCACACACCCACAGGAGGAGCAGCAGAGAACAGGUGUGGAGUACCUUUUGGUGGCAGAUGGUAGCAGCUUGUUGACCGAGGUGCAGGCUCUGCACGCCCAUCUCCGCCUCCUGACCCUGCAGCACCAGGAAGUGCUGAGCACUUCCCAGGAGCAGGCCGGCCCCCUCCGCAGGCAAGUGGAUCUGCUGCAGUCUCAGCUCCAGCAAGAGCAAGUGUUGGCCGUGGAGAUCGAGAGCUCGCUGCGUGUGGAGCAGAGCACAGCAGCUCAGCUGCAGCAGGACGUGCAGGCUGAGCGAGCCUUGGUGACUGAGUUGAAGACCGAGCUGUCUGCAGUCACCCUGGAGCUGGAGGCUGCCAUCCCCGCUCAGCAACAGCUGCGGCAACACCUGGAAAGUCUGAGGGGAGAGUUGAGUGUAAAAGAGAAUGAGCUGCUGGCUGCCUUGACGUCACUCACACAAGAACGGCAGAAGGUGUCUGGGCUCCAGGAUCUGAUGGAAGAUGAGCGUCAGUACUUCAGAGAGAAAACUGAAGAGCAACAGCGGGAGCUGCAGGAGUUGCAGUGUGCUCUGGAGCAACACGCGGGCAGCACUGCGCUCUCCGUUAGCCUCCAGCAACAGCGGGCGGUCCAGCACAGCCCACCCCUGUACAUUGAGCCUGAGUCCUGGCUGCUGAGCAACCAGUGCAGCCAGCAGGUGGCUGAGCAGCUUGACAGCGGCCUACAGCAGAAGUCGCAGCCCUCACAGGAGCAUGUUUUCAUGCAGGAGCUGCAGAGGCAGCUGGAAAAGGAGAGAAACCGGACGGUGGAGCUCGCCGCCAUGAUUGAGAAGACCCAGCAGCAGAUGAUUGCAGCAAAACGCCAGCUGGAAACCGAGAUCCAGCUGAGCCGGCAAGAAAGCCAGAGAGAGCAUGAGGUCAGCUCCCACCUGCGCUCCACCCUGCACUCAGUGCAGGAACAAGCCCAAGAACUGAGCCGCCUGCUCCAGGCUGAACGGCAGCACGGACUGCAGCUCCAGGCUCACGGCAAGCGUCUCCAGGAUGCCGUGCUGAUAGUCAAGCGGCGGGAGCGGAGCCAGAGCAGGCAGAGAGCACGGGAGAAGAGAGAGGAGAGUCAGGCGCUGGCCAAGAGCGAGCAAAGCCAUGACAGGACCAGGGAGAGAAUGCGGGCACUGGAGGAGCAGUUCCAGGGGGAACAGCAACGAGGACAACAGCUGCAGCAGAUGUUGGCAGAGCUGGAGGAGCAGGAGCGCAACCUAACAUCCCGCACACACCAGCAGGUGGAGGGGCACCGCAUCCUCCUGACCAGCAGUUUCCGUGCCCCCACAUCCAGUGUUGAAGACGACAAGGAACCUCAGUUCAUCACUCACCUCAGUGAGCUCCUGCAGAGCACCAGAAACCAACUGGAGACAGGUGGUAUGAGGACUGAAGAGGAAGUUGUGAACCUAUUGGGUUCCCUGUCAGAAAUCAGCUGUGACGUGCAGCAGCUUUACUCCAGGCCUCAGGGCUCCGUGUCUCUUGUGGAUCGUUUGCUGAGGGAGAAUGCAGAGCUGAGAAAUUCUGUGGCCAAGCUUUGUGAGGAGAGAGGCCACAUGAGCAAACUGACAGUAGAGCAGCAGGCCAGACCCACAGGCUGUGGAGAUGCUGAACGGGCAGCCUGGUCCACAGAGAGGAGUCAGAUACUCAACGCCCUAAAAGAGGUUGAGCUGCAGCUGGCCGGAGUGCUGGCCGAGAUCGAAAACCGGCCUCUCCUGUAUGAGCCUACCGACAGCUGCAACACCAAGAUGCAGCGACUGUACAGCAAGUAUUUGCGGGCAGAGAGUUUCCGCAAGGCGCUGGUCUACCAAAAGAAAUAUCUAUUGCUGCUUUUGGGAGGAUUCCAGGAUUGUGAGCAGGCAACACUCUCGCUGAUUGCAAGGAUGGGAGUUUAUCCGUCUCCCUCAGACCUGCUCAUUCCGUGCCAGCGUUCCCGUGCCUUCACCAGGUUCCGCUCUGUGACACGAGUGGUCAUUGCAAUCUCCAGUCAGCCCGAGGGGAGAGGUGGUUCGCCAACAGCAAACUUACUCCAGUCACAGCACCAACUCGCCGCCCACUCGAGAUCGUGGCUCCAGCUGCCGGCCUCACCUCCAGCCAUCCAAACCACCCAUCCAGCUCCAACACAGGCCCAAUCAGUCGCUUGUAUCUGUCUCCAUUUCUGGCCUGGAUCCCGAGCACAUGCUGACCAACUAUAUUCAGAAACUGGAGGCCAUCCAGCAUCAUCUGGGAGGGGGGCACACAGGUUCUCCCCAGCACACAAACGACAUGAAGUGAAGUAUGACAGUCUGACCAGCAAAGGACAGCACAGUUCUUCUCUGUGCUCUGAAGCUGUGUGUGUGUAUUACCGAUCACUGUAGGGAUUGAGAGCUCGCUCAGAGUUUUAUUGCUAUACCGGUACCGAUCACACAGCCAUCGGGUAUUUGCAUUGAGUGCAUGCUUUGUAUUGUGUUCACCAAGUGGAAUGGUUCAGUCUGAUCAGUGGGUGUGUGUGUGAGGGGAUAUGUGCAUACAUGUAGGGGGGAUAGACGAGGGUACAUGUAAGGGUGGGUGUACUUUUGGGGGGGUGUACACACGUGUGUAGAGGAUGUGUGUGAACACGAUCAAGGCAUGUUCCUCCAGAGUGAGAGACUGGUUGGCACUAGCUGUACUUUUCUCAGGUCGCACUGGCAAACCUCAUCUGCAGACAUUUGUCACAUGUUUAUCAAGAAAUUAUUUUUGUAAAAAGUAGUCUGUUUUGCAUAAAUAAACUUUAAC